AUGUGUGGUAUUUGUUGUGUGCUGAGCUUGUCCCCCUCCCAGCUUGUGCUGGAGAAGAGUGUGCAUGAAAACCUAAGGAAAAGAGGGCCUAACUCCAGUUGCAACAUCACCAAAACUGCUUCAAAUCCCCACUACCAGUGUCUGUUCUCUGCUCAUGUACUUCACAUGAGAGGUUGCCUUGCCCCUCAGCCAGCACAAGACAGUAACAGGAAUGUAUUGAUGUGGAAUGGAGAGGUUUUUGGAGGACUGUUAUUGAGACCAGAAGAGAAUGACACUGAUGUUCUUUCCCACCACCUCUCAGCCUGCAACAGCCCUACAGAGAUCCUGUCUGUCCUGGCCAAUGUCAGAGGACCCUGGGCUUUUACAUAUUACCAACAGAGUGGACACUAUCUUUGGUUUGGGAGAGACUUCUUUGGCCGGCGAAGCCUGCUUUGGCAAUAUGAUGCUGAGGAGAAGUCUUUGACUCUGACGUCUGUGGCUGCCUGUCUCCCUGGCUCUGACGGACCACCACAGUGGCAAGAGGUUCCAGCAGUUGGUGUUUACAGGAUUGAUCUGAGGGCGUUUGCAGAGUCUGGCUGUUUGACCUUUGAGGUUUAUCCAUGGGUUCACGCAGGCGAGAAUCUAUCGUCUGUUAGUCAUGAAUCUAAGUGGGAGGGUAUCCCUAGUUACACCUCAGCAAUGAUGAACAAUUCAGGUCUCUCCCUCACCUCUCCAGUUUGCCCACUGAACAUGUCAAUCCCUCAGUUGUUGAAGGAGGUAGAACCAUGAUCCAAGCUCACAGUUCUCAGUUGAAGAUCUGGAGGUGAUGCUAAAGUCUGGCGAGAGAGAGCCUGUGGUAAAUUGUCUCAUUGAUGUACUCAGUGAGGCAGUACGGAGGCGUGUGCAAUGUCUUCCCUUUGAUACACAGGUGACAUCACCACUGACCAAUGACGAGGCAGCAAUCGCAAUCCUUUUCUCAGGAGGGAUUGAUUCCAUGGUUCUGGCAGCCCUGGCCGACCGCCACAUCCCAACCCACCAACCAAUCGACCUUCUGAAUGUGGCAUUCAAACUGCAGGAACCAAAAAUUCAGAAGGAGUCUACCAAAAAAAGCAAAAAGCACAAAACAAAGCCAAUGGCUUCUAAAACUGUCGUGGCUGAUUCCAAUGUGUAUAACCCCUUCGGCGUUCCAGACAGGAUCACUGGCAGAGCAGGCCUGCAAGAGCUUCAGGACUUGAACCCAGAGAGAAGAUGGAAUUUUGUUGAAAUCAACGUUUCUCAGGAGGAGCUGCAGAAAAUGCGCCAUGAGCGCAUCUGUCACCUGGUGCACCCAUUGGAUACCGUCCUUGAUGACAGCAUUGGAUGUGCUGUGUGGUUUGCGGCGAGAGGAACCGGCUUCCUCACAGAAGGCAACGAAGAGAGGGGGUUCACUUCAUCUGCCAAGGUACAGUAGAUUAUCAAAUGGGUAAAAUAAUAAGGAACAUGCUAUUUACAAGUUGUGAAUAAAGUUUCAUAUUCUAACUCCUUUUUUGAGAAAAUUGUGUUAGCUUUGCAGUGGUAUAAAUCUGACCCAACAGUAUGUAAAUUAACAACCUUGGAAAUUAAGUAUUUUCAAGUAAAUUGUCUUUUCAACUGCUCUGUGACUGCAGGUGAUUUUGACCGGUAUUGGAGCUGAUGAGCAGCUGGCAGGGUACUCCAGACACCGAGUCCGCUUCAAGACCUCUGGGCAAGAGGGUCUGGUCCAAGAGCUGGCCAUGGAGCUGGGCAGAAUCUCCACAAGGAAUCUGGGUCGAGAUGACAGAAUCAUAGCAGACCAUGGGAAGGAGGCUAGGCAAGUCUCGGUCAUCACUGUUAGCCCAUUUUUGGCCCUUGUUUAGAAGCAAGCAGAUUUUCCAGUACCAAAAACACACUACAUGACAAAGUAUGUGGACACCUGCUCGUCGAACAUCUCAUUCCAAAAUCAUGGGCAUAAAUAUGGAGUUGGUCCCCUCUUUGCUGCUAUAACAGCCACCACUAUUCUGGGAAGGCUUUCCACUAGAUGUUGGAACAUUACUGCAGGGACUUGCUUCCAUUCAGCCACAAGAACAUUAGUAAGGUCGGGCACUGAUGUUGAGCGAUAGGCCUGGCUCGCAGUCGGCAUUCCAAUUCAUCCCAAAGGUGUUCGAGGGGGUUGAGGUCAGGGCUCUUUGCAGGCCAGUCAAGUUGUUCCACACCGAUCUCGACAAACCAUUUCUUUAUGGACCUCGCUUUGUGCACUUUUGUUUCAUGCUGAAACAGGGAAGGGCCUUCCCCAAACUGUUGCCACAAAGUUGGAAGCACAGAAUCGUCUAGAAUGUCAUUGUAUGCUGUAGCAUUAAGAUUUCCCUUCACUGGAACUAAGGGGCCUAGCCCGAACCAUGAAAAAGCCCCAGACCAUUAUUCCUUCUCCAACAAACUUUACAGUUGGCACUAUGCAUUUGGGCAGGUAGCGUGCUCCUGGCAUCCGCCAAACCCAGAUUCGUCCGUCGGACUGCCAGAUGGUGAAGCGUGAUUCAUCACAACAGAGAACACGUUUCCACUGCUCCAGAGUCCAAUGGCGGCAAGCUUUACACCAUUCCAGCCGACGCUUGACAUUGCGCAUGGUGAUCUUAGGCUUGUGUUCGGCUGCUCGGCCAUGGAAACCCAUUUCAUGAAGCUCCCGACAAACAGUUAUUGUGCUGACGUUGCUUCCAGAGGCAGCUUGGAACAUGGUAGUGAGUGUUGCAACAGAGGACAGACGAUUUGUACGCGCUUCAGCACUCGACGGUCCCGUUCUGUGAGCUUGUGUGGCCUACCACUUCGCGGCUGAGCCGUUGUUGCUCCUAGACACUUCCACUUCACAACAACAGUUGACCGGGGCAGCUCUAGCAGGGCAGAAAUUUGACUGACUUGUUGGAAAGGUGGCAUCCUAUGAUGGUGCCACAUUGAAAGUCACUGAGCUCCUCAGUAAGGCCAUUCUACUGCCAAUGUUUGUCUAUGGAGAUUGCAUGGCGGUGUGCUCGAUUUUAUACACCUGUCAGCAACCGGUAUGGCAGAAAUAGCCGAAUCCACUAAUUUGAAGGGGUGUCCACAUACUUCUGUGUGUAUAUAUAGUGUAUUUGAAGAAAUUGUGAUAUGCUGGAUGUUUUUGUUGUCUUUGUAUAGGUUUCCCUAUUUGGACGAGGAUGUGGUGUGUUUCCUGAAUGCCCUGCCAGUGUCUGAGAAGGCAGAUCUGUCCCUGCCUCGAGGUGUAGGGGAGAAACUGCUACUGAGGCUGGCUGCCAAGAAACUGGGUCUGGGGGCCUCUGCUCUACUGCCUAAGAGAGCCAUGCAGUUUGGUUCCCGCAUUGCAAAGAUGGAAAACAGCCACGAGAAGGCCUCAGACAAGUGCAAGAGACUCCUCACACCUUAG